UAUAUAUAGAGAUAUCCAUAUGUAAUUAUAUGUAUAAAAUAACAUCAUCUUCUCUUCGAAGCUUCGCUUUCUCGUCACUCUCAGAUCUCUCUCUCUCUCUCUCUCUCUUUCUGUGUCUCUGUGCAUGUGAUUUAGUUGAGUCUCAGAUUCGCUUUCUGCACCCAAGAAAAACCGCGUGGGAUUCUCUUCUCUGCAACGCUUUACAGCUCCGAAUUCCAACAUCUCUGUCUCUGCAACACUGCACAGCACAAUAUGUGAGGGAAUUUAUGUCUUUCAUUAUCUUUCCCGAGAAAAAUCUUUCAUUUUCCUGGGAAAGUUUGUUUUUGUGAGGUUGAUAGCUUCUAUAUUGCAAUCAGUUACUGUUUUCAGCUAUAUUGGGAAUUGGGAAUCUAUUUGUUGAAGCUUGAAGAAAAGAUUGGUUCUUUAGGGUGUGCAAAUUUUGAAUUUGGAUAAUUUUCUUCCAGGGUUUGAUUUGCUCUAGAAGGAAUUGUAGGGGGUUUGGUAUUGUUGAGCUGUUUGUGUGAGAGUUUAUUUGGUUCUUGAGGUUGUUUCUAGAUGGAUAAGGACAAAACCCUGGGCCAUGGUGGGGGUUUUCUACCCCCGUCUGGCCGGUACUCAGGUUAUUCACCAAGUGGAAGUAGUUUCAAUGUGAAACCUGAGCCAUCUUCAACAUCACCGUCAUUCCCACCAUUGGGCCCAGGUACUAGUUCAGAUGCUGGCCAUUUUGGACAUGGCAUGAACACAGAUUCUAGUCACUUUAGCCAUGAUAUUAGCCGAAUGCCUGAUACCCCGCGUAGGAAUUUGGGUCAUAGACGUGCCCAUUCGGAGAUUCUUACUCUUCCUGAUGAUAUUAGCUUCGAUAGUGAUCUUGGUGUUGUGGGUGCCGGGGAUGGGCCUUCUUUUUCCGAUGAGACUGAGGAGGACUUGUUGUCUAUGUAUCUUGAUAUGGAUAAGUUCAAUUCAUCAUCUGCUACAUCAGCAUUUCAAAUGGGAGAGCCAUCUUCUGCUGCAGCAGCAACAACUCUGGCACAGGCAUCUAUGCAAACACCAGCGUCUGGAGCGAUGACGACUUCUGCUGAGCAUGUUUCCAUUGGUUCUAGUGAGAGGCCCAGAGUUAGGCAUCAACAUAGCCAGUCCAUGGAUGGGUCAACUACAAUCAAACCUGAGAUGCUUGUUUCAGGUUCAGAAGAUUUAUCUGCAGCUGAUUCCAAGAAAGCCAUGUCAGCUGCUAAACUUGCGGAACUUGCUUUAAUUGAUCCCAAGCGUGCAAAGAGGAUCUGGGCAAACAGGCAGUCGGCUGCUAGAUCAAAGGAAAGGAAGAUGCGAUACAUUGCAGAGCUUGAGAGAAAAGUGCAGACACUGCAAACAGAAGCAACUUCAUUGUCUGCUCAAUUGACCCUCCUGCAGAGAGAUACGAAUGGUCUGACUGCUGAGAACAGUGAACUGAAACUGCGAUUGCAAACAAUGGAACAACAGGUUCACUUGCAAGAUGCACUAAAUGAUGCACUCAAAGAGGAAAUUCAGCAUUUGAAGGUAUUGACUGGCCAAGCUAUGCCAAAUGGUGGACCUAUGAUGAAUUUUGCUUCUUUUGGAGGUGGCCAGCAAUUCUAUCCUAACAAUCAAGCAAUGCACACUGUUUUAACCACACAGCAGUUUCAACAGCUUCAAAUUCAUUCUCAGAAGCAGCAGCAGCAGCAGCAGCAGCAGCAGCAUCAGUUUCAGCAACAUCAACUGCAUCAGCUUCAGCAGCAGCAAAUGCAGCAGCAGCAGCAGGAACUACAACAGCAGCAACAGCAACAACAAACUGGAGACUUGAAACUCAGAGGAUCCAUGUCUUCUUCCAGCCAAAAGGAAAAUGCUUCAGAUGUCAACCCCCCUGUUUCAAAAGAGUGUUAGAUAGAUGGGCCAGUAGGCCAGGUAUUGAAAGGUUGUUGUUCAAAACUGUAGUUGAGAUCUUUCACCAGAUAGGACCUUCUUCCCUUUCCUCCUUCCCUUCUAGUCCAUUCUGUCUUUUUGAAUUUGUUCAGAUGCAUCUAUAUCAUCUUUUAUAUGUAGGCAGUUCUAUAUAUCAUUUUAGUUUUAGAUUGAAUGGUGGACUAUAUCCAUUAUAUUUGUAGGCAGUUCUAUGUAUUAUUUUAGUUUUAGAUUGAAUGGACUAUAUAUCUGAUUUGUUUUA